AUCUCUUCUCUGGAGCUCUGUAUUACUCAGAAAUAAUAUUAUUUGCGUUUUAGCUAAAUAAAAUAAAGAAAGUCACUUUGCAAUUGCACCUUAGAGUUUCCGAGGAUGGGCUCUAAAGAUCUGAAACUCCUGGAUGUGUUUUCAUACGAGAGUCUCGUGCAUGCAGUCGCCGGUGCGAUGGGCAGUGUAACAGCAAUGACUGUUUACUUUCCUCUUGACACAGCCCGGCUCAGGCUGCAAGUUGAUGACAAGCGGAAAGCCAAAUCUACCCAAGCCAUUCUGUCUGAGAUCAUCAAGGAGGAGGGUCUAUUAGCUCCAUAUAGAGGCUGGUUUCCAGUGAUCUGCAGCCUUUGUUGCUCAAACUUCGUCUACUUCUAUUGUUUCCAUAGUCUGAAGGCCACCUGGCUGCAAGGUCAGAGGUCAACACCGGGACGAGACCUCAUUUUUGGCAUUGCUGCAGGUGUAGUGAAUGUUCUUGUGACCACUCCGCUCUGGGUAGUCAAUACCAGACUGAAACUGCAGGGGGAGAAAUUCAGAAAUGAAGACAUACAGCCCACACACUACAACGGAAUUAUUGAUGCGUUUGUACAGAUCAUGCAGCGGGAAGGAGUGGGUGCGUUAUGGAACGGGACGUUUCCCUCCCUGCUGCUGGUGCUCAAUCCAGCCGUGCAGUUAAUGAUCUACGAGGGUCUGAAGAGGCAGCUCAUGAGGGGCGUCCACAGAGAGCUCUCCUCAGUGGAGGUGUUUCUUAUUGGAGCCAUUGCCAAGGCCGUUGCAACCACCAUAACCUACCCUCUACAGACAGUUCAAUCCGUUCUACGGUUUGGACAGCAUGGGCAGCCCGCAGAUCAGUCCAAACUCCUGAACAGCCUGAGAUCUGUCAUGUAUCUGCUGAUCAAUAGAGUCAGAAAGUGGGGUGUGCUGGGAUUGUUUAAAGGCCUGGAGGCGAAGCUGCUUCAGACGGUCCUCACUGCCGCACUGAUGUUCUUACUGUAUGAGAAAAUCGCCAACACCACCUUCAGGGUCAUGGGCCUCAGACACACAAUGACGGCCCGCUGACCUCUCACAGGAGGUUUAUUAGCUCACCGAUGUCAUAGGAACUGAGUAUACCUGUGUUAUGAAAAAUAGUCAAUUGAAAAGUUUUUAUUUUUUUAUUUUUAUAAAUGAUCAAAAUGGACAGGAACACUCAAAAGUUUAGACACACAUGACUCAGUUUGUGUUUCUCAUGAUCUU